AGGACCAGGGCCUGGCUUGAUCAGACUCCAGAGCCUUCAGCAGGGAAGAAAGAUGUCCGAUGAAGAGGAUCUGGAAGAUUUUGAGCUAGACCAGGAUGAUCUGGAAAGGGAAGACGAUGAGAAGGAGACGGAAGAGGGGGAGGAUGAGAGGAAAGAGGAGGAAGCCUUGUCUGAGGAAUGGAUGCCCACCCCGCUCACGGAGGACAUGAUGAAGGAAGGGCUUUCUUUGCUCUGUAAGACUGGUAAUGGACUGGCCCAUGCUUAUGCCAAGCUGGAGGUUAAAGAGAGAGAUCUGACAGACAUCUCCUUGCUGCGCUCCUACAUCCAUCUGCGCUAUGUGGAUGUUUCUGAGAACCAUCUGACAGACUUGUCUCCACUCAAUCACCUCACUCACCUGCUCUGGCUCAAGGCUGAUGGCAACCGGCUGCGGAGUGCCCGGCUGAACGAACUGCCCUACCUGCAGAUUGCCAGUUUUGCCUAUAACCAGAUCACUGACACGGAGGGCAUCUCUCAUCCUCAUCUGGGCAUCCUGAAUCUCAAAGGGAACAAUAUCAACAUGGUGACAGGUCUGGACCCCCAAAAACUGAUGAGUCUGCACACACUGGAGCUUCGAGGGAACCAACUGGAAAGUACACUGGGAAUCAACCUUCCUAAGCUGAAGAACCUCUUCCUGGCGCAGAACCUGUUGAAGAAGGUGGAAGGCUUAGAGAACCUAAGUAAUCUCACUACCUUGCACCUUCGAGACAACCAGAUUGAAACUCUGAGUGGCUUCUCCAAGGAAAUGAAAUCACUGCAGUACCUCAACGUGAGGGGCAAUAUGAUAACCAACCUGCGGGAGCUUGCCAAGCUUCGGGACCUGCCCAAACUUCGGGCCUUGGUGCUGCUGGACAACCCAUGUACAGAUGAGAAUGACUACCGCCAGGAAGCCCUGGUGCAGAUGCCACAACUGGAACGUCUGGACAAGGAGUUCUUCGAGGAAGAGGAUCGGGCUGAGGCCAAUGAGAUGCGCCAGAGGAUGAAGGAGGAGCAGGAGGCUGAGCCUGAGCACUAUGAGGAACUGGAGCAGCCACAGAUGUAGAAGCAGUCCUUCUAGCCUUCAAGGAUAGUAAGGAAGCUGGCAGGGAGGCAGGGAGGCAGGAAGAGGAGGUCAAGGGCCUGGUAUAUAGGCGGAGAGAGGAGUUGCUAUAGGAGGAGAUGGGUGAGGAAGGGAAAAGGCAAGGAGAAGGGAAAAGGGUGUCU